CCCAACAAUUGCAGUAAUGCUGCUCGCGACCGGUGCAUAUUCAAAGUGUCAGAUGGCCGGCUUCAACGAAUGCAAAUGGUGGGGCAGCUCCCCAUUCUGCGGGUCCAGCAGAUCUGCCCCCGGCGACACCGACUCGGACGGCUGGCUCUUCGUCGCCUCGACAAGGACGAAGAAUUGGGAUGUGCUGUGCCGGGAGAUCUCCGAGUCGUGUUGUCGGGACUACGGAGACGGGUGCCUAAGCGGGUACAAGCGAUUGUGGUGUCAUGAUUCGGGUAUGUCCAUCUUCUGUGGUUCUCUUAUCUGAAGAGUGGACUUAUCCCGAGCUU